GGGUGCUCCCAGUCCACGCAUUACACAUGGUUGCAAGUAUUUUAGAAAUAGAAGAGUAUGCAUAUGUUACUUUAUUAUAUUGAGUUCUCAGGCCUUGCCAAAAGUACUCGUGGUUUAAUUCUCAGGCAAGUGCAUUCACUUUCCAAUGUCAAUUUUCUAACGUGAUUUCAGCCUAGGAAUGACUUCUAAAAGGUGAGACCGCACACAAUGCAUUGCUAGUUAAGUUUCAGCUUGACGCAUGCUUAACAACUUUUCAAUAACGAAAUGACUGACCACUAAACAUGCUCACUUACUGUGUUAGACGACUCAUCUGGAGAUGUGAGAAUAUACCAAAAAUGUCACUAUGCUGCAGGAUAGCUUUUGCGCUUCAGCACAGCAACUUCUGCCAGGUCUGUCGCUGAGGACUCGGACCACACCAAAACACUGAUGCAACUAUGCACUGACGGGUAACUUUUAUUGCAUAGCUUCUGGCCAACUUCAUAGAGGUUAUUUUCAGCGUGGAACCAACUGUGGCUAUGGACCACUUGGUAUGGAACUAAGGAAGAACAUUCUUGAACAGUGGUGGAACUCUGUGAUAGGGUCCAGGGCAUAGGUGUUUGGGAUAACCACUCUACACCUGAGUAAGGACAGAACUACUGAGAGGGAUGGACAGUUGAGAGCUGUUGACACUGAGAACCUACGUCAAAUACUUUCCCAGAGAGCUAAGCAAGGACCAACUUACUCAGAAGCUACAGCCCCUUAUCCAGAAUAGUGCAUCUGUUCGAACCAGUCUUUUCCAAGGUGUUUUGGAGCAGUAUGUGCCAUCUUUGGAACUAGUGAACAGAAAUCUGCCGUUCGGCCUGGCUGAAACCGGCUUGUGCUUCCAGCCAUCAGGUGAAUCUGCCCAGAUGAAGUUACCCAGGGCGUCUCGUGGUGUGUGAAUUUUGUACAAUUUCCCAUGAGGCCCUGGAGACUGAGUCGAGGGGACGCAGAGCUGCUGCAGACGCACAAGGGUGCUCGCAACAAACUACAGGCCAGUUGCCGAGAUGGGAGGAAGCCAGUCGUCCCCUAUGCCGUCUCCAUAACUGGAAACGUAGAGCGAGGACUGUUGGCGUACCUGUACAACUCAUUCCAGCAAGUGAAGAAAGUCGACAGCAAACAGAGGCUACAGCAGAGAAAGGUUUUGAAGCUCCAUCCUAUUUUGUCUCCAGUUAAAGUGGCCUUGGACAUGGGAAGGGGAGCCACUGUGGAACUAAGACAGGUUUGUGAAAGCUUGCUGCAGGAGUUCUUGGAAGGGGGAGUCUCUGCAUGGCCUGGAUAUCUCGAAACCAUGCCAACCUCAAUGGAGCAGCUGAACAUAAAGUAUGAUGAGAUGGGGGUGCUGUUCACUGUGAUCAGUGACAACAUGCUUGAGAGUGGCCUACUGCAGGUGCGCAGCCGCGACACCACCAUUAAGGAGACCAUGCACAUCUCCGAGGUCAAGAAGUUUCUGCGCAGAACAUAUGAGCCAAUGAGGGAGUUAUAGUAAUGUCCGGGUGAACCGGGUUAGAGGGGAGUACAUUUGUUUUUGAACCGGGCUGCCUCCCGGGCGUGAACCAGGUGCCCCAUUUUAGCCGUUGGCAAAUUCGGCUUUCAACAGAAGUGACGUAGAUUAAGCAACGAUAAUAGAUAUUGUAUGUUUCUGAACGACGCUGCCUUGUUGACAACAUGACCGAGUGGUGUAGAUUACUGUUUGAUUUGAGAAGGGCGCUUUGCCCAUUCACGUCACAUGCCAUAGCCCGGUGAACUUAAUCAAACUCCCUCGUUGAUUGAAAACUGACAUGUUCGGCUGACAUUUGGCAAAAUGUCAAAGGAGACUGUGAAAGAAUGGAGUUGUGGGCCCUCAUGGGCACCGGGAAAGCUGUCCAUAUGUGUUUGAGAACUAUACCUCAAAGCAUUUUUGACUAUCUAGGAUACUAUUUUAAAGUUGUUCAUAAUUUU